AUGAAUUAAAAUGAAUAAAUUCCUUUCAAAACAUUUUAAUUGCUUCAACUUCAAUGUUAAAUAAGUAAAAAAUAUUUGAGUGGAAACAUUCAUUUACAAUAAAAAGUAAUUGGUAAGAAUAAGGAAAUAAAUUCAUUAACCUUAGAAAUAAAUGUAAAUGAGGAUAGCACUAAUUUUAUUGUUGAACUUUAAGAUGAUACAGAAAAUUAAUUCCUUUAUUAUGGAGAUUUAAUAGCAAUUAAACACUUUAAGAGCCAAUUAUAUGUUAAUAUAUCACGCGAUUAAAAACAUGAGGAAUAAAAGGAAGUUUUUUUAAAUGAUGAACCUGAGUACUUUGUGAUAUAACCUCCAGAAAAGGAGAAUUCCUCAUUAUUAAAGUAUAUAAAUCAAUAAAUCACAUAUCCUUUUCGAUUACAAUCUUCUGAUAAUAGAAAUUAUUUACUCACUCAUUAAAAAAAUGAUAAUAAUUUUUAGUUGAAAGGUAGAUAAAAGUUAGAAUGUAAAAAUCAACUAGAAGGAGUUUGGAAUUUUGUUAAUAGCUUAUCUAAAAACAAUAAUAUAUAAAUUUUUGAUAGAGUAAUUAGUGCACCAAUCUUUAUUGAGAGUGGAAGGAAAGUAAUUAUACGAAAUUGGUGGACAGGGUUUACUCUACAUUCGCACAAUUCUUAAUCAUAAUAGGGAAGAACUCAAGAAGUCACCUGCUAUAGUCAUCCUAGAGAUGGUAAAUAAUUUUUUGUAUAUAAUAGAAAAUGAUUAUUGGUCUAUUGUUAAAUAACAUUCAAAGAAUACUUCUAAAUUCAUUAAUUAUGAUGAUCAAAUUUUUCUAUAGCAUUUAACAACUGGCAAAUAUUUAAAUGGUUCAGAAUAAGAUUCCUAUUCUAAAUUAGGUAAGCUUGUGUUUUGCUCUGAUAAUUUUCUAUUAUUAAAUACUUAACGUAAAUUUAGAGUUUUAUAUUAGCAUUUGAUGAUUUUAUUUUAGAAAUGAACAAACCAUUUACUAUAAAAUUUAAUAAUUAUUUCUUGGCUUAAAGUUCAUCAAAAGCAGAGAGCAAAAUUGGAAUACAGAGAGAAUGUAUCUAUGUUAAGAACCAAACUUAAGCAUGUUUAUGGAUCAUAGAAAAAAUGAUUUGA